UGGUCCGCAUGGUGUUGUUGUUUACGUUAAAUACUCUGCCCACUCUGCCGAUAGUUUCAUGUGGUUCGUGAUCCAAACUAAAUUUCCAGUAAAAUGAAGCGAAAAUCACAGGAAGGCAACCGUCCAGGUGCCGGCGCGAAGCGCAAAACGGAACUGGUUUUUGACCCUCUGAAAAGAACUGAGUUCCUAUCCGGGUUCCACAAGCGCAAGCUGCAUCGCAAAAAGGUCGCCCAGGGCCAGCUGGAGCGCAAACUGAAGGAGGAAACGCGCCGCAUCCGAACCGAGGCCAAGGAGAACAAAAAGAAGCUGUACCACUCGUACAAGCCGAUUCCGGAGCUGACGGCGGAGGAUCGCGAAGAGCAGGAAUACGACACCGAAAACGUCACGGUCAAGGUGGUCGAACUGUCCACGAAGGAGCUGGCCAAGCAGAACAACUGGAUCGGCGAGAACCACGGAAUGGUGCGAGGGGACCAGGAGGCCGAGGACGAAAGCGAUGACGAAGGAGAGCAGCAGUCGAGCGAGGAAGAAGACGACGAAAAUGAGGUAGACACCAUCCCGGGCAUGGAACUGGACGCGGCAAGCAGGAAAAAGAAGCCCAACCUAAACCUGGACGGGGAAAACGACGAGCAGCCGGAGGAAGCGCCGGCGAAAAAGCAGCACCAGCAGCGAGGGCCGGUGCUCAACCUGGAGGGAAUCCGCUCGAAGAAGGAAAUGAAGCACAAGCUGAAACGGCACGCGCUCAAAUCGUUGAAGAACAGCAAAGCUUACCAGCAGACGCAGCGGGCCCAGCAGCAGAAACAGCUGAAGAAGUCGCGCCGGGUGAGGCAUGUGCGCGAGAAGAAGCUCAAGAAGCAGGGAAAGCUACCGUCUGGGGACGGAGGGCGCGGUGGCGGAGGGGGUAAGGGUGGGAAACGGCGCGGAGGACGGGAUUAGGGAGAUUUUUUUUUGGAUUUUGAAUAAAGUUUAUUGCUAAAAA